AUGGAUAACAAGGAAAAGCAUCGCAGAGUGCUUCGUACCACUUUCAGCAAAGCAGCAAAAGAGUUAGAAGACCUAUUAAAAGACCAAAAAGGUGAGGUACGACAGAUCAAAAUAUCCUUAGAUCUAUUACGACAGAAAAUGGAUGAUCUAAGGAGAAUAGAUGAAGAAAUUUAUGAUCUCCUGUUAAACGAGGAUGCCAGAGAACAAGACCUGUUGAAGGAAAUAGAAGACAGUGACAGCUACAUCAGAAAGUUUGCGGACCUGAGUAUACAGUUCGAGGAACGGGUUCAACCAAGGAUAGCUGCGUCCGUGGAGGAUGAGGUGGCCUCUGGGACAACUGGUAAGAGCACAGGGAGCCUACAAGGUAAGCGUAAAUUCAAAUUACCUAUGCUAGAAUUCAAGAAGUACGAUGGGAACAUUAAAAGCUGGUUGCCCUUUUGGUCACAAUUUCAAAAAAUACAUCAUGAUUCAGACAUAGACUUAAGCGAUAAAGUCGAGUAUUUAGUUCAAGCUACUGUACCGGGCAGUAGGGCAAGGCAACUAGUUGAUAGUUUUCCCGCGACUGGAGAUAAUUACACUAAGAUUAUAGACUGUCUAAUUUCGCGUUUUGGCCGCGACGAUUUGCAGAUCGAGGUAUAUGUUCGGGAAUUGCUCAAAUUGGUAAUAAAUAAUACUUCGUCUGGCAAUAAAUUAGACAUUUCUUUAUUGUAUGAUAGGUUAGAGACUCAGUUAAGGGCUUUGGAGACACUAGGUAUUAAAUCGGAUAAAUACGCGGCUAUGUUAUUUCCUUUGGUCGAAUCGUGUCUACCCGCGGAUUUAUUAAGGAUAUGGCAAAGAUUUCCGGAAGAUGUUGGGUCACAAACGUCUAUUAAUAGUGCCGGUAUUUCCACCAUAGAAAAUCGACUCAAAAGCUUGAUGCAAUUCUUAAAAAAUGAAGUCGACAAUGAACAGCAUGUUUCUUUAGCGAUCGAAGGCUUUGGCGUAUCACGUACUAAGUCUGGGAAUUCUAAACGUAAUGGUCCGAAAAAGAGGAUGCCUGAGGAGGAAGAACCCCAGUUUCCUUCGGCGAUGGGUUUGAUGAAUUCCCAUAGUACAAAUCAUAUAUGUGUAUUUUGCGAAAAUGCACACGAAAGCAGUCAAUGCUUUAAGGCUCAGAAAUUGACUUAUGACCAAAGAGUGAAUAUUUUGACAGAGAAAGGUGCUUGCUUCCGCUGUUUGAAAAUUGGACACCAAUCUCGAAGAUGCCGUGGUCAAUUAAGUUGCUUACUUUGUCAUAAACCACAUGUGCCCCUAAUGUGCAGAGAAUUUUCGAUGGGCAAGGCAAAAAAGGAAGAGGAAAAUAAGAUAGAGAAUGAUGGUCAAGCUGUGCCGAAAAUAAAUCAGUCAUUGGCCAAUAGUGCUAUUACUAAUAUUUUUUUGCAAACUUUGCGCGUCAAAAUGAACCACUUAGGCAAGACGCGAGUUGUACGCGCCUUAAUAGAUACCGGAUCUCAAAAGACGUAUAUUCUGAGGUCCACUGCUAGAUUAUUAGAUUAUCCAUGUAAACGACAGAUUAACCUUGUACAUGGAUUAUUCGGAGGUAGCGAACUAGCACAAAAACAUGAUUGUUAUGACGUUAACUUGAGUUAUAAUAACUACAGUUGCACAAUUGAAGCACUAGAUCAGCCCGUAAUUUGUAGCGAUAUUUCUUCCGUAUUUAAUUGUCCCUGA